AUGGCGUACACGCGUUCCGAGGUCGUGGAGGAGGAGGAAGCUUCCACGAUAGAGCUACUGGGCGACUCGGUCAUCCCAGUAGUUAAUAAACUGCAGGAUAUCUUUUCCCAGCUCGGAUCCUCCAGCGCGAUCGACUUACCGCAAGUAGCCGUUGUGGGGAGUCAGAGCAGCGGGAAAUCCAGCGUGCUCGAGUCGCUCGUCGGGAAGGAUUUCCUGCCACGUGGAUCCGACGUGGUGACGCGCCGGCCGCUGGUGCUGCAGCUGGUGCAGGUGCCGAAGCGCGCGGACGGCAAGGCGGAGGAAUGGGGGGAGUUUCUGCACCUGCCGGGGAAGAGAUUCACGGAUUUCUCCGCGAUCCGAGACGAGAUUCAGCUGGAGACGGAGAGGGAGGUGGGGAUAAACAAGGGCAUAACGGAGAAGCAGAUUCGCCUCAAGAUCUUCUCGCCGCACGUGCUCACAAUAACCCUUGUGGACCUGCCCGGCAUCACCAAGGUGCCCGUGGGCGACCAGCCCUCCGACAUCGAGGCGCGCGUGCGAUCCAUGAUCCUCGCCUACAUAAAGCACGAGACCUGCAUCAUCCUCGCUGUUACCCCUGCCAAUGCGGACCUGGCGAAUUCGGACGCCUUGCAAGUGGCACGCAUGGCUGAUCCGGACGGUGAGUCCAACUCCUGGAAAGGACAGGGCGUGCGAUCCAUGAUCCUGGCCUACAUCAAGCACGAGACCUGCAUUAUUCUGGCGGUCACGCCCGCCAAUGUGGACUUGGCUAACUUGAAUGCCCUGCAAGUGGCGCGCAUGGCUGAUCCCGAUGGGCAUCGAACAAUUGGAGUUAUCACCAAGCUUGAUAUCAUGGACCGUGGCACAGAUGCAUGCAACCUGCUGCUAGGGAAUGUGAUUCCGCUGCGCCUGGGCUAUGUGGGCGUGAUCAACCGCAGCCAGGAGGAUAUCAACGCGAAGAAGAGUGUGAAGGACGCACUCACAUACGAAGAGGCUUUCUUCCGAAGCAGACCGGUGUACCACGGCUUGGCGGAUCGGUGUGGAAUUCCGCACCUCGCCAAGAAACUCAACUCGAUUCUCGUGCAGCACAUCCGCCUGCUGCUGCCGGACCUUAAGGCGCGAAUCAACGCUCAGAUGGUGGCAGUGCACAAGGAGCUUGUGGGGUAUGGGGAGGCGGCUGAGCGGGCCACCAUGGGAGUUCUUUUGCUGAACAUUCUCACCAAGUACUCUCUAUCCUUUGUGACGAUAGUGGAUGGCAAGAACCAGGGCAUGUCCACAGCAGAGCUGGCGGGAGGAGCUCGAAUCCACUACAUCUUCCAAAGCAUCUUUGUCAAGUGCAUCGAUGAGGUGGACCCCUGUGAGGACCUUUCAGACGAGGACAUUCGCACGGCCAUUCAAAACGCCACAGGAACAAAGAAUGCGCUCUUUGUACCGGAUGUGCCCUUUGAGGUGCUGGUGAGGCGGCAGAUAUCGCGUCUGCUGGACCCCUCGCUUCAGUGCGCGCGAUUCGUCUACGACGAGCUAGUCAAAAGUAUUCGUGGCUUUCCCCUGUUGGUCCCCCUUCCCCCACCGUGUUCGCCAUCUCCCCCCUCCCUUUCCUCCCUGCCCCACCAUGUGCAUCGCAAUCUGUACAUCGCUGCGAGCCUUAGCCCGCAAGGUGAAAGAGACAGACAGUGGGGAGCUUUCAACCCACGCAGAGAAGCACCCCCUUCCAAUCCUCCUCCCUCAUUCCCUCGCCUGCCCUGUGCCUUACUGCAGAUCGCCCAUCGCUGUGAGUCAUACCAGCUGGCCCGCUUCCCUGUGCUGCGGCGCAAGGUGGAGGAGACAAUCGCUCAUCGCUGUGAGUCGUACCAGCUGACCCGCUUCCCUGUGCUAAGGCGCAAGGUGGAGGAGACGAUCGCUCAUCGCUGUGAGUCGUACCAGCUGACCCGCUUCCCUGUGCUAAGGCGCAAGGUGGAGGAGACAGUGGGGAGCUUUCUGAGGGAGGGGCUUAAUCAAAGAAAGAGCCUCCUCUUCUCCACCUUUCUUCCCCAACCACCCUGGCCUUCCCCAUCCUGUCCCUCACAGAUCGCUCACCGCUGUGAGUCAUACCAGCUGGCCCGGUUCCCUGUGCUGCGGCGCAAGGUGGAGGAGACAGUGGGGAGCUUUCUGAGGGAGGGACUCACCCCUGCUGAGACCAUGAUUCGGCACCUCAUUGACAUGGAGAUGGAUUACAUCAAUACAUCCCACCCCAGCUUCAUUGGGGGCAGCAGAGCCGUUGAGAUUAUCCUGCAGCAAUUGAGGGAAGGGAAGGGCAGUGAGGGAGGAGGGCAGGGAGCAGCAGGGGCUGGCGCAGCUGGUGGUGCACUCACAGCAGCGGCAGCAGGAGGGGGGUCCCCGUCAACUGCUGCAGUGGCGUCAGUGGCAGCAGCUGCGAAGCAGAGGGUGAUGCUGAUGAGGAAGGAGGGCGCGGGGCAGGGGCAGGGAGGCCAAGAGCAGCAGCAACAACAGCAGGGAGGCAAGCAGGCAGCCACUGCAAACGGCACAGUCCCAGAUAAGCAAGGGUCCUUGUGGGGCAUCGCGUCCAUCUUUGGUGGGCAGGAGAGGAGCCGAGGAGGAGCUGUCCCUUGUGUCACAGCCCUCACUCGCUUCCCCUUGACUCUCUCCCUUGUUCUCACAGGGUCCUCGUGGGGCAUCGCGUCCAUCUUUGGUGGGCAGGAGAGGAACCGAGGAGGAGCUGUCCCUUGUGUCACAGCCCUCACUCGCUUCCCCUUGACUCUCUCCCUUGUUCUCACAGGGUCCUCGUGGGGCAUCUCGUCCAUCUUCGGAGGGCAGGAGAGGAACCGAGGAGGAGCUGUCCCUUGUGUCACAGCCCUCACUCGCUUCCCCUUGACUCUCUCCCUUGUUCUCACAGGGUCCUCGUGGGGCAUCUCGUCCAUCUUCGGAGGGCAGGAGAGGAACCGAGGAGGAGCUGUCCCUUGUGUCACAGCCCUCACUCGCUUCCCCUUGACUCUCUCCCUUGUUCUCACAGGGUCCUCGUGGGGCAUCGCGUCCAUCUUUGGUGGGCAGGAGAGGAACCGAGGAGGAGCUGUCCCUUGUGUCACAGCCCUCACUCGCUUCCCCUUGACUCUCUCCCUUGUUCUCACAGGGUCCUCGUGGGGCAUCUCGUCCAUCUUCGGAGGGCAGGAGAGGAACCGAGGAGGAGCUGUCCCUUGUGUCACAGCCCUCACUCGCUUCCCCUUGACUCUCUCCCUUGUUCUCACAGGGUCCUCGUGGGGCAUCUCGUCCAUCUUCGGAGGGCAGGAGAGGAACCGAGGAGGAGCUGUCCCUUGUGUCACAGCCCUCACUCGCUUCCCCUUGACUCUCUCCCUUGUUCUCACAGGGUCCUCGUGGGGCAUCUCGUCCAUCUUCGGAGGGCAGGAGAGGAACCGAGGAGGAGCUGUCCCUUGUGUCACAGCCCUCACUCGCUUCCCCUUGACUCUCUCCCUUGUUCUCACAGGGUCCUCGUGGGGCAUCUCGUCCAUCUUCGGAGGGCAGGAGAGGAACCGAGGAGGAGCUGUCCCUUGUGUCACAGCCCUCACUCGCUUCCCCUUGACUCUCUCCCUUGUUCUCACAGGGUCCUCGUGGGGCAUCGCGUCCAUCUUUGGUGGGCAGGAGAGGAACCGAGGAGGAGCUGUCCCUUGUGUCACAGCCCUCACUCGCUUCCCCUUGACUCUCUCCCUUGUUCUCACAGGGUCCUCGUGGGGCAUCUCGUCCAUCUUCGGAGGGCAGGAGAGGAACCGAGGAGGAGCUGUCCCUUGUGUCACAGCCCUCACUCGCUUCCCCUUGACUCUCUCCCUUGUUCUCACAGGGUCCUCGUGGGGCAUCUCGUCCAUCUUCGGAGGGCAGGAGAGGAACCGAGGAGGAGCUGUCCCUUGUGUCACAGCCCUCACUCGCUUCCCCUUGACUCUCUCCCUUGUUCUCACAGGGUCCUCGUGGGGCAUCGCGUCCAUCUUCGGAGGGCAGGAGAGGAACCGAGGAGGAGCUGUCCCUUGUGUCACAGCCCUCACUCGCUUCCCCUUGACUCUCUCCCUUGUUCUCACAGGGUCCUCGUGGGGCAUCUCGUCCAUCUUCGGAGGGCAGGAGAGGAACCGAGGAGGAGCUGUCCCUUGUGGUCCUCGUGGGGCAUCUCGUCCAUCUUCGGAGGGCAGGAGAGGAACCGAGGAGCAGCCGUCUCGUCUGCCACAGCACUGUCUGGGGCCAACACGCUCACUCUCGUGCUUCAUCCUCCCCUUCUCCCCUCGCAUCUCAGGGUCCUCGUGGGGCAUCGCGUCCAUCUUUGGUGGGCAGGAGAGGAACCGAGGAGGAGCUGUCCCUUGUGUCACAGCCCUCACUCGCUUCCCCUUGACUCUCUCCCUUGUUCUCACAGGGUCCUCGUGGGGCAUCUCGUCCAUCUUCGGAGGGCAGGAGAGGAACCGAGGAGGAGCUGUCCCUUGUGUCACAGCCCUCACUCGCUUCCCCUUGACUCUCUCCCUUGUUCUCACAGGGUCCUCGUGGGGCAUCUCGUCCAUCUUCGGAGGGCAGGAGAGGAACCGAGGAGGAGCUGUCCCUUGUGUCACAGCCCUCACUCGCUUCCCCUUGACUCUCUCCCUUGUUCUCACAGGGUCCUCGUGGGGCAUCUCGUCCAUCUUCGGAGGGCAGGAGAGGAACCGAGGAGGAGCUGUCCCUUGUGUCACAGCCCUCAUUCGCUUCCCCUUGACUCUCUCCCUUGUUCUCACAGGGUCCUCGUGGGGCAUCUCGUCCAUCUUCGGAGGGCAGGAGAGGAACCGAGGAGGAGCUGUCCCUUGUGUCACAGCCCUCACUCGCUUCCCCUUGACUCUCUCCCUUGUUCUCACAGGGUCCUCGUGGGGCAUCGCGUCCAUCUUUGGUGGGCAGGAGAGGAACCGAGGAGGAGCUGUCCCUUGUGUCACAGCCCUCACUCGCUUCCCCUUGACUCUCUCCCUUGUUCUCACAGGGUCCUCGUGGGGCAUCGCGUCCAUCUUUGGUGGGCAGGAGAGGAACCGAGGAGGAGCUGUCCCUUGUGUCACAGCCCUCACUCGCUUCCCCUUGACUCUCUCCCUUGUUCUCACAGGGUCCUCGUGGGGCAUCUCGUCCAUCUUCGGAGGGCAGGAGAGGAACCGAGGAGGAGCUGUCCCUUGUGUCACAGCCCUCACUCGCUUCCCCUUGACUCUCUCCCUUGUUCUCACAGGGUCCUCGUGGGGCAUCGCGUCCAUCUUUGGUGGGCAGGAGAGGAGCCGAGGAGGAGCUGUCCCUUGUGUCACAGCCCUCACUCUCUUCCCCUUGACUCUCUCCCUUGUUCUCACAGGGUCCUCGUGGGGCAUCUCGUCCAUCUUCGGAGGGCAGGAGAGGAACCGAGGAGGAGCUGUCCCUUGUGUCACAGCCCUCACUCGCUUCCCCUUGACUCUCUCCCUUGUUCUCACAGGGUCCUCGUGGGGCAUCUCGUCCAUCUUCGGAGGGCAGGAGAGGAACCAAGGAGGAGCUGUCCCUUGUGUCACAGCCCUCACUCGCUUCCCCUUGACUCUCUCCCUUGUUCUCACAGGGUCCUCGUGGGGCAUCUCGUCCAUCUUCGGAGGGCAGGAGAGGAACCGAGGAGGAGCUGUCCCUUGUGUCACAGCCCUCACUCGCUUCCCCUUGACUCUCUCCCUUGUUCUCACAGGGUCCUCGUGGGGCAUCUCGUCCAUCUUCGGAGGGCAGGAGAGGAACCGAGGAGGAGCUGUCCCUUGUGUCACAGCCCUCACUCGCUUCCCCUUGACUCUCUCCCUUGUUCUCACAGGGUCCUCGUGGGGCAUUUCGUCCAUCUUUGGUGGGCAGGAGAGGAACCGAGGAGGAGCUGUCCCUUGUGUCACAGCCCUCACUCGCUCCCCCUUGACUCUCUCCCUUGUUCUCACAGGGUCCUCGUGGGGCAUCGCGUCCAUCUUUGGUGGGCAGGAGAGGAACCGAGGAGGAGCUGUCCCUUGUGUCACAGCCCUCACUCGCUUCCCCUUGACUCUCUCCCUUGUUCUCACAGGGUCCUCGUGGGGCAUCUCGUCCGUCUUCGGAGGGCAGGAGAGGAACCGAGGAGCAGCCGUCUCGUCUGCCACAGCACUGUCUGGGGCCAACAAGCUCACUCUCGUGCUUCAUCCUCCCCUCCCUCCCCUCGCAUCUCAGGGUCCUCGUGGGGUAUCUCGUCCAUCUUCGGUGGGCAGGAGAGGAACCGAGGAGGAAAUGUCUCGUCUGCCACAGCGCUCACGCCCUUCCCACUCGCUUCGCCUGAACCCAUGUCUGCCCCUGGUGGUAGCUCUGUGCCUGUUUGUGGGCAGAGCGGAGGUGUGCGGGAAGGGAGGAGGGGCAGGAGUGGGGCACGCAGCAGCAGAGGCAUUCUGGGAAGGAGAAGCAAGGCUGCUGCAGCAGCGUCAACAUCCCGUAGCCUGGCCACUGCUGCCAUGCCCCCUGCUGG